UUUUUCGCGAGAGAAAACUUUUUAAAUUUGAAAUAAACAACACAACCAAAUCAAGCAAAAUGGUUCGCCGUGGACGUUCAGCCAGCCCCCCACCAUCCGCCAGACGCUCUGCUCCAGCACCCGCUCGCGCUGCCGCCCCAGUGCCGGCACGUGCUGCCGCCCCACCACCGCCGCCAGCACCCAUGGCCGCACCACCAAGCGCCGUCGGAAUGCCGGCCCCCCAGCAGCCUUCGAUGUUCCAGCAAAUGGCCGCCACCGCUGGCGGUGUUGCAAUUGGCUCCGCCAUCGGUCACACCGUGGGCCACGGUCUCACAUCCAUGUUCAGCGGCUCUGGCGACAAGGAAGCAGCGGCCCCAGCACCGGCUGCCGCGGCGCCCCCGCAACAACAGCAGCAGUACUACGCUCAGCCGAACGAGCCCCAGGGUGCUUGUGCCUGGGAGAUGAAACAGUUCAUCCAGUGCGCCCAGGGCCAGGCGGAUCUGACGCUCUGCGAGGGAUUCAAUGAGGCGCUGAGGCAGUGCAAGUCUCAGAAUCACAUGCAGUAGAUGUGCUGGAAGACAACACAACAACAACAACAACACAACAGCAUACUUGAGAGAAGACCCUCGUACACACCGUCACCUACGUCACCAACAUCGACAGACAUCAAUAGUCGUAAUAUGUUGAGCUAAAGUUGUUGUUGUAGUUUUUUUUUCGUUAGUUUUAAUUAUUUAGCCCGAGAAUCCAGAAAAGGAGGAAAAUUGUUUAACUGUAGUGCAAAAUAUUGUUCAAUAGAAACCCCAUCGGCAGCCCCAUCGCUGCCGAUCAAAAAAAUACGAAAA